CUGCUUGUUUCUUUCUCGGCUGUUUCUGUGCUCUCUGGAUUCCCCCCCUUGUUCUUGCUCGCGUGGGUUCUCGGGGUGCUGAAAAGAUGCCAGCUUGGUGGUAUCUUGAGGUGGUUUUGGGCGGAGAAGGGGAUUGGGGUUCUCGAAAUUUCUUGGCCCCUGGUCGGAGGAUUUGCGUUCAUGUCGCAGCAUUUGGCCAGUUCAAUCACUUGUCGAUUACUCGAUUCCCUGCCCUCCACUUUAUCCCACUCGGAUUUGAAGCCCGAAAAGAGUCCCUCUCAAUUUUCCCAAGGCCCUGAUAAACAGCAACCCCCGCCGUGAAAUCCAUGGCAUGCUGUUUCCGCCACUUGCUCUUGCAACCUGCGAUUCUUGAAGCUGCAUUUCGCCGGCUGCUCAGCAGUAGCCUUCCGUUGGGCGGCGGGAUGGGGGAUUUUACGCCGCCGCGUCUCCUGCGGCCGUCGUCUGCCUACGUGCGACCUUCCAUGACCUUUUCUUCCAUUUUUCGUUGGAGCUCACGGUUGUUGUCUGGCCGUUUGGUGCUUUGCCCAACCCGGCUGGCUUGGCUAGUUAAUUCACGUAAUCUAUAGCUCAUCGAUUGCCUGUAUUUGUGUAUUCCUAUGCCCCUCGUCACGCAAUUUUAGCCCUAAAGAUUCCGGUCUGACGCUCUGCUGUUACGUGCUGCUUCGGUGUCCUAACCACCGCUUCUUUUUUCUUGUAUCUCCUGUUUGAGCAGGGGUUCGUAAUUUGUCUAGUUUUUUGUUUGCGUGGUUGGGCUCGUUUGGUUCACUAUGGAGUACUUCUCUGACUAAUUGCUUACUCGGGGAAUGACUUGGUGCUUUUGGAAAUUCGACGGUUAUUUCUUCUUAAUAGAAAAGGGCGUGAAUUUUGUUUUCCUCUUUGUUAAAUUUAGAUUUUUUACAUGCAACUUGUUUGGCGUUGGGGACCUUCAGGUGGUUCAGAUGUUUCAGUUUGACUGUGGACUAGUGUCUGAGUAAACGGGUGAAAAAUAUUAGUGUAGUUUACAAGUCCCUUUCCAUGUGAAUUUCUCUAACUUUCAAUGGUAUGCCUGUGAGCUGGCAGUCAAAUCAUUCCUCUGCACAAUAUUUAUGUGGCAAUCACUCUUCCUGUGACAGAAAGGAACUAUAAUUUGUGUUGUUCCUGGCAUAUUCUUUGCUUGAGAAUUAUAGUUAUAGCUAUUGCUUGUGUAAUGGUGGAGGAAUCAUCUGUGGCUCGAAUUAUGUUCUGUAUCACUUCUCUUUGUUGUCCUCCAAGCAACUUUGUGGAACCAUCACUUUAGCACCACUUCAUCAUAAUGAAACUAUUAUAUUCUCCUCUUUUUGCUAGCAUCUUGUCAGCCUUUUAGUAUUCUAUACAGAAAACAAACAUCCUUCAAUCAUGAAGUCAUCACCUUUGCGUCAUUUGGGAGAAAUCCUUGCCUUGAAGCCUCAGGGGAGGACUCCAAACUUUUCUCCCCUGAAAGACAUAGUCACCUAAUUUCUUUCUUGACCGGGUUUAAAGGACCAUUUCUCUUUGCAUGGUGUUUCUAGGCUGUACCACGGCUACCGCUGACAGCUUAGUUGCAGUAUGGAGAAACAGAAAGUGCAUGACAGCCUAACUGUUAAGCAUUAGGAACACCAUAUACAAACGAAUUACGGACCUGUAUCUGUUGCGGUUUAUGGUGACCAUGACAAGCCUGCUCUUGUUACUUACCCAGAUAUUGCUCUAAACCAUAUGUCUUGCUUCCAAGGAUUAUUAUUCUGCCCUGAAGCUGCUUCACUGCUGCUUCACAAUUUUUGUAUUUACCAUAUUAGCCCCCCAGGACACGAGUUAGGAGCUGCUCCAAUUUCACCAAAUGCUCCUAUACCAUCUGUUGACAAUUUGGCAGAUCAGGUUGCAGAUGUCCUUGAUUUCUUUGGAUUAGGCUCUGUCAUGUGCUUUGGUGUCACUGCGGGUGCCUAUAUUCUAACUCUGUUUGCAUCAAAAUAUAGAGAGCGUAUAUUAGGUCUUAUCCUUGUUUCACCUCUAUGUAAAGGCCCCACUUGGACUGAGUGGUUAUACAGUAAGGUGAUGUCCAAUUUGCUGUAUUAUUAUGGGAUGUGUGGGUUGGUGAAGGAGUGCCUACUUCAGCGCUACUUCAGCAAGGAAGUGCGAGGGUUCUCUGAACUACCCGAAUCAGACAUAGUGCAGGCUUGUAAAAGCUUGCUAGAUCAGCGGCAGAGCAUGAACGUAUGGCGCUUUGUACAGACGAUGAAUGAGAGAUACGACUUGACUGAACAGCUGAAGCAGCUUCAGUGUAGAACCUUGAUUUUUGUUGGAGAGAAUUCUCAGUUUCACAGCGAGGCUGUUCACAUGACAUCAAAGCUCGAUAGGAGAUACUGUGCUCUAGUUGAGGUCCAAGCAUGCGGGUCACUCGUAACCGAGGAGCAACCGCAUGCAAUGCUUAUACCAAUGGAGUACUUCUUCAUGGGAUACGGCUUGUACAGGCCGAGCCAGCUCGACUGCAGCCCGCGCAGCCCCCUGAGCCCAUUCUGUAUAUCGCCGGAGCUCCUGUCACCCGAGAGCAUGGGAGUGAAGCUAAAGCCGAUCAAGACACGAGUCAGGCUUGAAAUGUAGGAAAGGUGAAUAAGGGGGUGGUGCUUAGGGCUGACAUGGUGAGAGUUUAGGCUAACCCGUGGGUCUGUCUUAAUUUUUUGAGCUAAAGUGAAGUGAGAUACCUGUUAUACUGCCAUGUAUAUAUAGGAAUGCUAGGUUGGUGAGCUUGGGCGGGUUGGGGCGGUUCUUGUAUUCUUUGAUUUUUAGACUGAUGAAACCUGUAAAUUGGUAUACAUUGUUUAUCAAAAGAAAGCAAAGGAAAUAAUAAUAGCGGAAGGUGAGUUGUUCCCAA